AUGCCUCAGGAAGUCAGCGACAUUAAGAAGUUCAUCGAGAUCUGCCGGCGGAAGGACGCUUCUUCGAAGAUUCUGACGAUUGCGUUUCCUCCUCCUCUUACAGCUGCCCGGAUCAAGAAGAACCCGAAGACCCAGCAGAUCAAGUUCAAGGUCCGCUGCCAGCGGUUCCUGUAUACCCUUGUGCUUAAAGACUCCGACAAGGCCGAGAAGCUCAAGCAGAGCCUGCCGCCCAACCUCCAGAUCAAGGACGUUCCCAAGCGCAAUAAGCGCAAGUCCUCGGCAUGA